CAUAGAGAAAAACUGGGAAAGUGCCAGAGAGGUAUGGAACGAAGCAUGACAGGAACAAGAAGACAAGAUAGAGUUAGCAAUGUGCAAUUAAGAGAAAAAACAAAACUAACUGACAUCCUGGAAAAAACAGACCUCCAAAAAUGGAGAUGGACCGGCCAUAUGUUGAGAUCUAGACAAGAAAAGUGGAGUCAAAUUAUAACGAACUGGUAUCCAAGAGAUGGCAAGAGGUGUCGAGGACGUCAACAAAUGCGAUGGGAAAAUGAGCUGAAACUUACCGCCGGACCCAAAUGGAGAAGAGUUGCUCAAGAUAGAAAACAAUGGAGACUACUGGAGGAGGCCUUUGCCAGAAGGCACACUGAGUUGAGAGACAUCUUAUAAACAAACAAACCAAAAGAUCCAAUCACAAAGAUAAAUCUCACACAGUUUAAAGGGCUAAUUAUUAUUAUUAUUAUUAUUAUAUAUAUGUGUAAAAGUAAUUGAAAAAAUUAAAUUGGACAUGCCUUCUCAUAUCAUCACAAAAUUGUAGUCCUUUAAUCCAAUGCUCAGUUUUUUAGACAGAUUAAUUUUAUUUCAUUGUGCUCAAUAUUUCUUUUCACAUUACAUAGUAUUAAACAAUCCAUCGAGUUUCUACAAGUUUUUGAUCUAGUACAAAAUGGAUUCCUAGAGUGCUUUUUUGGGGCACACUGAUAUUCUGCACCAACUGGCAUCAUGUAAAUUUAAGUGAAUUUGGAAAAUGUGGAGUCCCAAAAGGGAGAUGGACCUAGCCAUAGAUUACAUACAAUGUCCCCAGUUGUACCAACACUUAGAACAUAUUUUCUGACAAGCGACAACCGACAAAGAAACUUGAUCGUGGUGAACUUUGAAGCUGAGAAAUAAAUUAAAAUGACAGUACAACAGCUCAACUCAAAUAAUUCUGACGACUCAGAUGAUAUGGUUAGUUUACCGCCCGAAGAAGAAAUUUAUAGACGAAAAUAUCAACUGUUAUUGGAACGAUGUGAAGUCUUGCAACAGGAUAACGAAAGAAUCAUAAACAGGAUACACGAAGUGAAAAAAGUGACUAAAAGGUACCGUAAAGAUAUUAAGUUAGUGAUUGAAAGGUUGGACAGACAUGGCGAUCCUUUUAGGAGCGCUGUAUUGGAAAUGGAUACGAAAUCUGAGACUGUCCAGAGACCUGCUCGUCCUGUAGCGAAAGUACAACCAGUCGCCAAACAAACCGACAAACAAAACGGAGGGAAAAAAACAGGAGCCAAACGAAAAACAAAGGCAGAGAAGCCUGAAAAAGAUCCUAAUGCUCCAAAGAAACCUUGUAAUGCAUUUUUCCAAUUUUGUCAAGAACAGAGGCCUUUGGUAGUUGCUGAAGCUAAUUCAGAAGUAGGUGCAGAACCAUCCAAACAAGAAGUUACUAGACAAUUGGCAUCAAGAUGGAGAGCUUUGACGAAUGAUGAAAAAAGGGUAUAUGUGGCAAUGUUUGAGAGGUCAAAAGAGAAAUAUGCAGAAGAAAUGACAGCAUAUAAUAUCAAAAAGGAACAAUGAUGUACCGGCAAUAGUAUUAAAUUCUAUUGUGAUAUCAGCUUUAAGUCUAGGUUAAAUUUUGUAAAUACAAUGUUUUAUAAA